CACAAUAUUUAAAGGGUUGCAAUUACAUGGUAAACUACAACUAGAAGAAGCAUCAAAAGACACCUAAAAGUUUCAUAGAGGAUAGUUCAUCAUGGGAAAGAACAAUGUUGGAGAUGAAGUUCAGAACAAACAGGUUAUAUUAAGGGACUACAUUACUGGCUACCCUCGAGAAGAUGACUUAUACAUAAGUACAAGUAAGAUAAAACUUGAGGUUCCUCAAGGAUCAAAUGCUGUUUUGGUGAAGAAUCUGUACCUUUCUUGUGAUCCAACCAUGCAAUUCCGAAUGAGAAAAGCUGAAUAUCGUCUUUCUGGAUAUUACUAUUAUGUCCCUGGCUCUCCUAUAAAUGGAUUUGGAGUGGCUAAGGUAUUGGAUUCAGGUCAUCCUAGCUUCAGUGCAGGUGACUUGGUUUGGGGAACAACCUUUUGGGAAGAAUAUAGUCUAAUUCAAAAUCCAGAGAAACUCUACAAAAUCCAGCAUACUGAUGUGCCUCUUUCCUAUUACACUGGAAUUCUUGGCAUGCCUGGUAUUACUGCAUAUGCUGGUAUCUUUGAAGUUGGUUGUGUAAAGAAAGGAGAAUGUGUUUUCAUCUCAGCAGCGUCGGGUGCUGUCGGUCAGCUCACCGGACAAUUCGCUAAAUUGUUGGGUUGUUAUGUUGUUGGAAGUGCUGGUAGUCAAGAGAAAGUUGAUCUUUUAAAGAACAAGCUUGGGUUUGAUGAUGCUUUUAAUUACAAGGAAGAGGUUGAUUUGGAUGCAGCUUUGAAAAGGUACUUCCCUGAAGGCAUUGAUUUCUACUUUGAACAAGUAGGAGGUAAAAUGCUUGAUGCAGUGCUCCUAAAUAUGAAGGACCAUGGUCGUAUAGCUAUAUGUGGAAUGAUUUCACAGUACAAUCUUCCUCAUCCUGAAGCUCUAGAGAAUUUGUUGCAUAUUGCAUUCAAGAGACUAACCGUAAAAGGAUUUAGUCAAAGAGAUCAUUACCAUCUCUAUCCAAAGCUGUUAGAGACUGUGUUGCCUUACAUUAGAGAACACAAACUUGUCUAUGUUGAAGACAUUGUUGAAGGCCUUGAAAAUGGCCCAGCAGCUCUUGUUGGACUUUUCAGUGGUCGCAACUUUGGAAAACAGUUAGUUAAAGUUGCUAGCGAAUGAUCAUUCAAAUUAUGUGACAUGUUUAUUCAUAGAAGUAUGUAUUACAAUAAGUAGAGUUUGAAGAAUGGACUUUCUAUUUUUGUCUAGGACUAAUAAACCAAGGUGUAUGUACUUACUUGUAAUGUCGUACUACCUCCAUCGCUUUAUAUAAUAUGAAAUUUUUAAGUUUUAAAAAACUGAUUUGAAAAA